AUGCGAUUUAUGUUUUUGCGUCAAUCUGUGUUUUUCUACAAACCAUUUUUUAUGGAAUGUGAUUGCUGGAUGUUGGCAGCAGUGGCAGUCCUCACUACUGACCCACGCCUGUUUGCCAAAGUGGUCCCAAUGGAGCAGACCUUCGAAGAAAGUGAGUACUUUGGAGCAUUUCGAUUCAUGUUCUGGCACUUUGGAGAAUUUAAACAAGUGGUGGUGGACGACAGACUUCCUACCCUCAACGGUGAACUCAUAUUUAUGCAAUCCGCACAAAAAGACGAAUUCUGGUCUGCCCUUUUAGAGAAAGCCUACGCCAAGAGUCCCUCUGACCAUCCCAGAAUGUGUGGCUGCUACCAAGCCCUCGAGGGAGGCUCAGCCUUGGAAGCCCUCAUUGACUUUACAGGCGGAGUCGGAGAGAGAUUUGACCUAUCAAGAACCUCCUCUAAACUAUUUUCCCAACUCAACUCAGCCCUUCUAAGACAAUCCUUAAUGUCCUGUGCCAUAAUAAAUUUUGGCGGGAAAAAACGCCUAGUUGGGAGUUCUGGUCCCUACAGUAAUAAAAGGGAAAUAUCUCAGAGAUUUGAACUCAGGGCUGGGAGUUAUUCCCUUAUAGUCUCCACAUAUGAGCCCAAUAUUCCCGGGGAAUUUUUAGUGAGGAUCUUCAGUGAGACGGAGACCACAGAAGUUGAGGAACAAGUUGAUCAAGUG